AUGGAGAAACUAGGGGUGACCGACCCCUUGGCAAACCUUCCUCGCAAGUCGCAGUCCUACAACGACAAAUAUGUCGUCGUCUAUGAUUUCAGUGAAGUCGACUCCGAGACUGCCGUCGGGGAACUCACCGCCCUUCUGAGCGACCUUGAGUCUGCCGGUCUCCAGACUGAGGUGAGGGCUGGCUAUGACCAGUCCCUGCUCAUCUUCGCCAAGGCUCCACGAGAACUUCUCGGAAACACUGUUUACAAGUCAAGAGUCAAAGACUGGCUCUAUGGCAUUAUCCCCGAACAUCCCGGCGGAACCAAGACCACCGUCGUCGAUGGCUCCUUCGAGGCUGAAGACAUCCUCUCCGUCUAUCACCUCGUCAACUGGCCCAAGUCCCUGGGCGGUGCUGGAAUCACCCCCGAGUCGGGACAAUGGAAGAACGUCAAGGCCAUCUUUCCUCUCCACAACGAGGAGACGAACGAGUCUCUGAUGAGGUAUCUCAGCAAGCGUCUGUUCCUGACCUUGGAUGACAUUGAUUCGAUCCGCGACCUCUGGGGAACUAAGGUCGCCUUCUACUUCGCAUUCAUCCAAACUUACCUCCUCUUUCUCACUUUCCCCGCCAUCACUGGUGUCAUCGCCUGGAUGUACCUCUCCAAGUAUUCCCUCUUCUACGCAAUCUCCACCUGCGUCUGGUGUACCGUCUUCCUAGAGUAUUGGAAGAUCCAGGAGGUUGACCUUAGCAUCCGCUGGAAUGUGCAAGGCAUCGGCAAGGUCAAGGUCAACCGGCCGCAGUUCAAGUAUGACAAGAUCAUCAAGGACGAGACCGGCCGGGAGAAGCACUACUUCCCCAAAUGGAAGCAGGUCACCCGUCAACUACUACAGAUUCCCUUUGUAUUGGUUUCCGCCGUGGUGCUUGGUGCCAUCAUCGUAGUCGUCUUCGCCAUCGAGGUGCUCAUCUCGGAAGGCUACGAUGGGCCCUACAAGAAUCUUAUCGAAUACGUUCCAACCUGCUUGCUCGCCGUCGCACUGCCCUACAUCAGCAGCGGCCUCGAGGAAAUCGCCACGGUGCUCACAAACUACGAAAACCACCGAACCAACGACAACCACGAAAUGUCCCUGACGCAAAAGAUCUUCGUCCUCAACAUCAUCACCAAUUACCUCCCGAUUCUCAUCACCGCCUUCAUUUACGUGCCCUUUGGCGACACCUUCGUCCCUUGGCUCGAGGGCAUGACCAAGGGCUUUCUCGGUGCCGUCGGGCAAAAGUACAUGGAUGACGACCUCACCUUCCAUGUCAACUCUGACCGCCUCCGCGAUGAGGUCAUCGCCCUUGUCGUCACCGGCCAGAUCUCUGGCUUCUUCGACGAGAACAUCAUGCCCGUUCUCAAGCAUAAGGCGCAGAACAUCUACCGCGAAUACAGGCGAUCCCACUCCAAGGACACCAUGCUCAUGUCCAUUGUCAAGGACGACCCCGAGGAGGCUUGGUUCCUCCGCAGCGCACGCAAUCAGUCGACGCUCGAGAAGUACAAUGUGCAAGACGACAUAGCCGAGCUCGUCCUGCAGUUCGGAUACCUCGCUCUCUUCUCGCCCGUUUGGCCGCUGAUCCCCAUCGGUUUCCUGGUAAACAACAUCGUCGAGCUGCGCACGGAUUUCCUCAAGAUCAGCCUGGAGCACCAACGCCCCGCGCCGGUGCGUACGGACGGCAUCGGCCCGUGGAUUAACUCACUCGACUUCCUCACCUGGGUCGGCAGUCUCUCCACCGGCGCCAUCGUGCACCUCUUCGGCAACAACAGUAUCGGUCACGGGGCGUGGUGGGCGCUUCCCAUCACAAUCUUCAUUAGCGAGCACAUUUUCCUCGCGUUGCGGGCCGUCGUGCGAUUCGUGCUGCAGCGCAUCGGGUCGGAGCAGAUCCGCAAGCAGCGGCAACAGCGGUACGCCACGCGCGUGAAGCACCUGGAGGAGCUCGAGGCGAACAAGCAGCAAGGACUGCAUCUCUCCGUCGCCGAGCGGGAAAGGCGCAAGUCCAUCAGGGCGAUGGGCCAGGACUCAUUCUGGACGACACAGAUUGAUGACGGCGCGAGUGCAGCCGUGGGCAUUGGCCUGAUCCAGUCCGUCAAGAGAGCCGAGAUUCUCAAGAAUGGCCAACCGAAGCUCGAUUGA